CUGGGCUGCUGGGUGGCUGUAGGUUGAGUUCUGGACACCUCUGUGAACCGCUCAUGUCCUUUCAGGUCCUGACUGCAGUGGCGCCCCCUCUUCAGACGAAGAUCAAGAGGGUCCCAGCGGCCCCUCCUCAGGUUCUCCUGCAGGCCCUGGUGGCCCAGUAUGGCCCCCUGAGGUGAACCAUGACUGGCUGGCCAACACUCACCACUGACCACCUGGAGACGCAGCUCACCAGGAGGUGACCCCUCCUCCACCUGCUCCCCCCGCCACCCCUCACAGGAAAGUGCCCGCGCUGCCACAGACACCAUGUAGUAGGGCCGGCUGCGGCGCCCAGUGAGCUGCGAUGGUUUUGUACACAGCCCCCUUUCCCAAUAGCUGUCUGUCCGCCCUGCACGCCGUGUCCUGGGCUCUCCUCUUCCCAUGCUACUGGCUGGCGGACCGGCUCGUGGCCUCCUUCAUCCCCACCACCUACGAGAAGCGCCAGCGGGCGGACGACCCGUGCUACCUCCAGCUACUCUGCACCGUGCUCUUCACACCCGUCUACCUGGCCCUCCUAGUUGCCUCGCUGCCCUUCGCCUUUGUCGGGUUCCUCCUCUGGUCCCCACUGCAGUCCGCCCGCCGACUCUACAUCUACUCCCGGCUGGAGGACAAGGGCCCGGCUGGUGGUGCGGCCCUGCUCAGUGAAUGGAAGGGUACGGGUCCUGGCAAAAGCUUUUGCUUUGCCACUGCCAACCUCUGCCUCCUCCCAGACUCGCUGGCCAGGCUCAACAAUGUUUUCAACACCCAAGCGCGGGCCAAAGAGAUCGGGCACAGAAUCCGCAACGGCGCCAGUCGGCCCCAGAUCAAAAUCUACAUUGAUUCACCCACCAACACCUCCAUCAGCGCGGCCAGCUUCAGCAGCCUGGUGUCACCGCAGGGCAGCGAUGGCGUGGCCCGGGCCGUCCCUGGGAGCAUUAAGAGGACGGCCUCUGUGGAAUACAAGGGUGACGAGGCUGCCAACGGCCCGGCCUCUGGGGAGGCGGCCGAGGGCAGUAGCCUGGAGGACGCCUGCAUCGUGCGCAUUGGAGGUGGAGGCGAGGAGGGGGGCCGGCCCCCCGAAGCCGAUGACGCCGCCACUGGGGGCCAAGCCAGGAAUGGGGCUGGCAGGGCCCCACAGGGCCAGACGCCCAACCACAGUCAACAGGACGGGGACUCGGGGAGCCUGGGCAGCCCGGGCAGCCCCUCGGCCUCCAGGGAGUCCCUGGUGAAGGUGCGGGCCGCAGCGGACAGCGGCGGCAGCGGGGAGCCGGGCGCCACCAACAGCAAGCUCCCCUACAAGGCCUCCGGGGCGAAGAAGGCAGCCGCGCGCAAGAGGCGGCACCCGGACGAGGCCUUUGACCACGAGGUGUCCGCUUUCUUCCCCGCCAACCUGGACUUCCUGUGUCUGCAGGAGGUGUUUGACAAGCGGGCGGCCGCCAAGUUGAAAGACCAGCUGCAUGGCUACUUCGAGUACAUUCUGUACGACGUCGGGGUCUACGGCUGCCAAGGCUGCUGCAGCUUCAAGUGUCUCAACAGCGGCCUCUUCUUUGCCAGCCGCUACCCCAUCAUGGACGUGGCCUAUCACUGUUACCCCAACGGGCGGCGCUCCGACGGCCUGGCCUCCAAAGGAGCGCUGUUUCUCAAGGUGCAGGUGGGAAGCACACCUCAGGACCAAAGAAUUGUCGGGUACAUCUCCUGCACGCACCUGCAUGCCCUGCCAGAGGACAGUGCCAUCCGGUGUGAGCAGCUGGACCUGCUUCAGGACUGGCUGGCUGAUUUCCGAAAAUCUACCUCCUCGUCCAGCACAGCCAACCCCGAGGAGCUGGUGGCGUUUGAUGUCAUCUGCGGAGAUUUUAACUUUGACAACUGCUCCUCAGAUGACAAGCUGGAGCAGCAGCACUCCCUGUUUACACACUACAAGGACCCCUGCCGCCUGGGGCCCGGAGAGGAGAAGUCCUGGGCCAUCGGUACCCUGCUGGACACAGACAACCUCUACGACGAGGAAGUUUGCACCCCUGACAAUCUGCAAAAGGUCUUGGAGAGCGAGGAAGGCCGCAGGGAGUACCUGGCCUUCCCCACCAGCAAGAGCCCCGGGGUGGGCCAGAAGGGACGCAAGGACCUGCUCAAGGGCAACGGCAGGCGCAUCGACUACAUGCUAUAUGCGGAGGAGGGGCUGUGCCCGGACUGGAAGGCCGAGGUGGAAGAAUUCAGUUUUAUCACCCAGCUGUCUGGCCUGACCGACCACCUUCCAGUGGCCAUGCGGCUGAUGGUGUCUUCAGGAGAGGAAGAGGCAUAGACCAGCCACGUCAUUCCGAGCAGUGGGGCCUCUGCCAGCCCUUUGAGCCGCAGCACCUCUCUGGCCAUGUCCUCUCCAGCGAGUGCCCCUGGUGCUGGGGGAGGAGGGCAGGGACCCGGGGGGAGCCUCGGUCAGUCCCGGGUGAGCUGGAACCAGCGCCGUCCUGCACCUCUGGGCACUCACCGUGGACGGAGGAGUCAGGCCGGCCUUGGGAGCUGCAGCUGCCCAACAGUGCCAUUCUUUCGAAACGUGAUUUUCUACAAAUCUACAGCACAACCUAGUUUGUAACCCGGGGGUUAGUAUGAGAACCGGGUUUCCAUACUCUUUGUAUCUCUUCUCAAGCUUCGUCCAGGGUUCAUUAUUUUUGUCUGCUGCCAUGUUGUGUCGCAUGCCUGCACCCUCGCAUGCACGCUGCCCGCAUGUCACGUGCCACGCCGUAGCCACACAGACCCCUCGCUCGGGCCUCACCCAAGGCCAAACUCCAAACACGAUCAGAACCAGCCAAAGAAGCAUUCCUGGGCACAAGGCCACCAGUUCCCGCCUCCAGCCCAGACAGCUAGCAAGCAGGGACCGUGAGGGCUGUGUCCAGUUACCAGCAAGGCCGGGCUCUUGCCAGGGUCUUGCAUUCAAGGGCGAUUACAUUUUAAAAAGAAAAACAGAAAA